AUGGUAUCUCAUAUUUUGUAUUUGCUAUCGACACAGCGAUCAAUCCGAACGCAACUGCAGCAUGAACAACAGAAGCAAAGUCAAAGCAAUGAAAGCCAUUUUAGACUGAUUAAAUGCAGCACUCUGCAGAUAAAUCUACCGAGCCUGGAAUUCGCUUUCUCCAACAUUCAUCCAUUAUUUUCAAAUAGAAUUUUUACAAUAUCUAACAGACGGGGUGAUGAAAUCUUGAAAUGGACAAUGCCAAGGGGCAGGCCGUACCUCCAUGAUGACCUCGAUGGAGCUUACAAAACUUCUCUCUAA